AUGCUGACCGUCUCUCCCGCCAAUCGGCAGCGGCCCGUUUACAUACCUGCUAUCCUUGGCCUCAUCAAGGAGCUAGCAGACUACGAAAAGGAGCUCAGCUCGGUCGAGGCCACCGUGGAAAAGCUUGGCUCGACUGUCGCCUUUGCGCCAUCGGAGCUCUCCCCGGGCGAGCCGACAACAGACGCCCGGGGGCUGCCCAUCACAGAGCCGACCAGCCCCCUCAGGCCCGCCAGGUGCCUCCUGCUCUAUGCACCCGACGACGACAAGACGGCCGUGGGCAUGGCCCUGUACUUCUACAACUACUCCACAUGGCGCGCCAAGGCGGGCAUCUACCUCGAGGAUCUCUAUGUCACCCCGCGCGAGAGGAACAAGGGCUACGGGAAGCUCCUGCUGGUGACCCUGGCCAGGGAGGUUGUAGCCAUGGACGGCGGCCGACUGGACUGGAGCGUCCUCAAGUGGAAUGAGCCCAGCAUUCGAUUCUACGAGGAUGUCAUUGGCGCAACACGCCAGGAGGAGUGGGUGGGAAUGCGGGUGGACAGGGAGGGGCUUGUGAAGUUGAGCAAGUUGCUGGACUGA